AUGCGUCACGUUAAAGACCCUCAAUUUGAUCGCCGCCUGUCGGAAUUAGAGGCCCACAGCCGCAAGUUCCCGCGUCUAUCACUCCCCGGGACGCUCACGCCCAGCCACCAGAAGGAAGCGGUGACACCGCGACGACAAGACGAAGACAUCGUACCCUCCUCUACCACACCGCGUGCUCUUCAACCUGCCGUAGAAUUCAGGCCGAGGACCGAACCAUCAUCUAUUCCUCUCGGACUAUCAUCGCCUCCCCUUUCGGCAGAGAACGAUAGUUCCCAAGACCCUAUGAAAACGCCUACACAAAGUCAUCGCAGGACAGACACAGCAGAAUCUUUGGUGCAGCUCAGCAGUCCUCCAGCUACCGUGUCCCGAACCGGUCGCGACAGAAUGGUGGGAGAGGUCGACGGGCAAGAAGAUGACAUCGAAGGAAACCAAUCACAGAAACAGGCCGUCACACCAUCUCAACGGGGAGAUGCUGUUGACGGGCUUCUGAAGCUUAUGAACACGGCGGAUAAACGUGAAGCUGCAAAUACUUGGACUGGCUGA